CGCCACGGGUCUGUCUGGUCUCCCUCCUCUUCCUCCCUCUCGCCCCGCCCAACUGCGCAAUCUUUCCUCUUUUUCCCUUCUUCGCCAACGCUUGCUGGUUUGCAAUUGGAAUUUUCCAUCCGCAUCCCUUCUUCUUUUUUCUUCUUUUCCCUUUUAUUCUUCUCUUUUCUGGUUCAAAGACGUAUCCCCUCCUCGUGCAAACGUGUGCUGCUGGAUAGCUUUCUUCCGCUUCUGUUCCAUUCUAUACGCUCCUUCGACUCCUUUUUAUCCUUUUGGACCAUUCAACAACUCGACCUUUCUUUUUGUAGCCAAUCUUUUUUUCUUCUCGAUCGACGCGACUAGACCGCCCCCGAUACUCCGUCCCGCCAUCGCGACUCUCUCGAAUUGAUACUUCGCCAUGGCCAGACCGAGCUCAGCAAGGGGCAAGUCUCCCAACCCGGCCGCAGCCGCAAAGAAGACUGCGGCCGUUACAAAGUCCUACAAGUCGGAUGGCGUCGAGGAUAACGACGUCUUCCUCUUGCCUGGCGCCGAUUACCUUGUUAUGCUUGGAUUGACUGUCCUGGCUACUGCUGUGCGCAUCUUCCGCAUCUCGCAGCCCACCAGUGUCGUCUUUGACGAAGUCCACUUCGGUGGCUUCGCUUCGAAAUAUAUCAAGGGCAAGUUCUUCAUGGACGUGCACCCUCCCCUGGCCAAGAUGCUCAUCGCCCUCACUGGCUGGCUCGCUGGCUUCGACGGCAACUUCGACUUCAAAGAGAUUGGCAAGGACUACCUCGAACCCGGUGUUCCAUACGUCGCCAUGCGCCUGUAUCCCGCCAUUUGCGGUAUUCUCUUGGCUCCCUUCAUGUUCUUGACGCUCAAGGCUAUUGGCUGCCGUUCGUUUACUGCUGCCCUCGGCGCGUCCCUCAUCAUCUUUGAAAACGGUCUCCUCACUCAGGCCCGUCUGAUUCUCCUCGAUUCUCCUCUUGUUGCUGCUACCGCCUUCACCGCGCUCGCCUUCUCUUGCUUCACCAACCAGCACGAGCUUGGCCCCUCCAAGGCAUUCAGCGUUACUUGGUGGUUCUGGCUCUCCAUGACUGGUCUCGGUCUCGGUAUCACUGCGAGCAUCAAGUGGGUUGGUCUCUUCACCAUUGCUUGGGUUGGCGCCUUGACCCUCGUCCAGCUCUGGGUUCUCCUCGGUGACAACAAGAACGUCACCAUGCGUAUCUGGUCCAAGCACUUCAUGGCUCGCGUCUUCUGCCUCAUCGUCAUCCCUGCCACCUUCUACCUCGGCAUGUUCGCUAUUCACUUCCUCUGCCUUGUCAACCCUGGCGAAGGUGACGGCUUCAUGAGCUCCGAGUUCCAGGCCACCCUCAACAGCAAGGGCAUGAACGACGUCGCCGCUGAUGUCCUUCUCGGUUCCCGCGUCAGCAUCCGCCACGUCAACACCCAGGGCGGCUACCUGCACUCCCACGCUCUCAUGUACCCUACCGGCAGCAAGCAGCAGCAAAUCACCCUCUACCCCCACAAGGACGAGAACAACAUUUGGUUGCUCGAGAACCAGACGCAGCCCCUCGGCAUUGACGGACAGCCCAUCAACGGAACUUUUGCCUGGGACACUCUUCCUGAGCCUCACUACAUUACCGAUGGCACUGUUCUCCGUCUCUACCAUCAGCCCACCCACCGCCGCCUCCACUCUCACGACGUCCGCGCCCCCAUCACCGAGGCCGACUGGCAAAACGAGGUUUCCGCCUACGGUUACGAAGGUUUCGAGGGUGAUGCCAACGAUUUCUUCAAGGUUGAGAUUGUCAAGAAGAAGUCCAUUGGUGCCAUCGCCAAGGAGCGCGUCCGAACCAUUGAGACCCAGUUCCGCCUUGUUCACGUCAUGACUGGUUGCGUCCUCUUCUCCCACAAGGUCAAGCUUCCCGAUUGGGCCUCUGAGCAGCAGGAAGUCACUUGCGCCCGCGGCGGUAGCCUGCCCAACAGCUUGUGGUACGUCGAGCACAACGAACACCCUCUGCUUGGCGCCGAUGCCGAAAAGGUCAACUACCGCAACCCUGGCUUCUUUGGCAAGUUCCUCGAGCUCCACGCUGUCAUGUGGAAGACCAACGCUGGUCUCACUGACUCUCACGCCUGGGAAUCCCGCCCCGAAUCUUGGCCCAUUAUGCAGCGCGGUAUCAACUUCUGGGGCAAGAACAACACGCAGAUCUACCUCAUCGGUAACCCCAUUGUUUGGUGGUCCGCUACCGCCACCAUCCUCGUCUGGAUUGCCUUCAAGGGCAUUGCCAUCUUGCGCUGGCAACGCAGCUUCCAGGACUACUCUGACCCCAUUGUCAAGCGCUUCGACUACGAACUUGGAACCUACGUGCUCGGCUGGGCCCUGCACUACUUCCCCUUCUUCUUGAUGAAGCGCCAGCUCUUCCUCCACCACUACUUCCCGGCUCUCUACUUUGGCGUCAUUGCUUUCACCCAGCUCUUUGACUUUGCCACGGCCCGUAUCCCCGCCGCCUUUGCCGGCAAGGGUGCCCAGACCCCUGCCCUCAUCAACCGCGCUGCCACCAUUGGCUUCCUCGUCCUCUCCAUUACCGCUUUUGCCCUCUACAGCCCUCUGGCUUACGGCAACCAGUGGACCCAGGCCGAAUGCCGCCGCGUCAAGCUCUUCGACACCUGGGACUGGGACUGCAACACUUUCCACACCAACUACUCCGAGUACAGCAUUUCCACCUUUACGACCACCACCAACAGCGCCGACUCCACCGAGACUGUUGCCGCUGUCCCUGAGCAGGAGCCUAUUGUCUCUCGCGAGGAGAAGAUUGUGUACCGUGACCAAAACGGCAACAUUCUCAACGCCGAGCAGGUUGCCGCUCUCGAGGGCAAGGUUAGCUUCGAGACCAAGUACGAGACCAAGACGCGCGUCGUCGACUCCCAGGGCAAGGAGAUUCCUGCUCCCGAGGGCGGCUGGUCAGAGGGCAACGUCCCUGCUGGCUACGGUGUCGCCCCUCCUCACCCCGACGUCGAGGGUGCCAACAAGGAGACCGUCAAGAACGCUGCUAGCGAGGGUGUCCCCAAGAAUGCCGCUGCCAGCCGUGACGGCGAGAAGGAGGCCGAGCACGCCAAGGCCAAGCCUGCCAGCGACAAGAAGGAGGCUAGUGCUGCCAGAGACGAGUUGUAAAAAAAAAAAAAAACACACACACGCCCUCCUUCCCCUCCCAAAAUGCUUAUAGAACCAAGAUACUUCAUUGUGUGCUUGGUUAGCGGUGGUGAAAUCUAGAGAAAAGCUGUAAUACUUGACGACGACAUGCAAAAAAGGAAAGUAUCUUUUUUCUUCAAUCUUACUAGAACCUAUUUUCGGUUGUCGUGUUGUUGGAAGUCAAAGUAAUUAGAACCGACGACGGCUUUGGUAAUGUCCUUUUUUUUUUUAGGUCUGCGGGCUGGCUUUCAUGUAACAAACACAUAAUACACUAUUUUUCCCUUUG